GGCGAAACUUUCAUCACCAGGAGACAUCGGACGGAGUGGGAGUCUGGGUUUUAUGUCCCAUCUUUCUUUUCUCGACCUCAACAUCCGUCUGCUCCAAGACAUUAUGAUCUGCCUCGUUUGGAUCCUCCUCUUCUUAUCGGAUCACCCCUCUUUAUCAUAUCUACUCCACUAGAAUCUUCACCUUGUACAUACGAUGACGAAAGAUUUGCUUCGCUCCUUGACGUUCCAAGAGUUGCGCUAGGAAGAAUAGCGUUUAAAGGUGGAGCUUAUGCGGCGAUGUCAGCAUUAAAUGAAUGUGAGUAG